AUGACACAACAAGAUGAAAUAAUCACGUUGUUGUCACAAAUAAUUAGUUUAGUUGGUGGUCCGACACCUCAACUCACAUCCUUAACCAAAUUUUAUUCAAAUUUAUCAGGGAGUUAUGAUGACAUGUUAAAUUUAUUAUUAGAAGUUCCCCUUCAAAAUUUAGUGUGUGAUACAACCCCGACACUCUCGUUAUUACUCUCUCCAAUCUUUCAUUUUCUUCUCCCUUUUUUGACAUCCCAAAACGAAGUACCCGACCUUCCAAAAUCAAUCCCAGUGUUGUCAUUCCUCCACAGAACAGAUCACACCAUUUCUCCACCACAAAUCGUUCCGUCUCAAAGAUCGAAAAUUCUAGAAGAUGUGAUCUCGUUAGUCAACCCAACAAAACGAAUCGAAAUCACAGCAGACUCACUCGAAGACGCAAAUGAACAAAUUUCAAUCUCCGCACUUCGUCAAGCCUCAAAACCGUAUGCUUGUCACUUUCUUUUUUACGAGCACUCAGAAAAUACAGGUGGUUUAGUUAAUUUUGAAGGUGUUUUCGAGUCGACCCCAAUUAAAUAUGACUUUCCCCUAAAAAAUCGGGAAACUGUGGACUUUUUAGCCGCAAUCACAAGUGGCUUGUCAUCUUGUCAGACUGUCAAUCUUGGGAAGAUUGAUUUGGACAGCGGUACUUUAGGGAACUUUUUGGGGAAGUGUAUUUGUAAUGGGUUUGACUCUUCGGACCGGACUUUUCUGUACAAGACAUUGUCACUACAAAACCCUCGAGUCGACGAGGCGGUGCUCCUCGGUAUUAUCAAACGCGACUCGUUCUCAAAAAGCUCAGAGACGGAGCAACUGAUCAAAAUCAUAUUGAACCCAUCCGUCCAAAACCCACCCGACCUUUCAACCCAGUUUCUUGCGUUGAUUGCAUAUGCUUUUGUGUAUCAGAACUGCCCAAAUAAGGAGAGAGACACUUAUUGUCUUUCAAAGGCAUUUACAAGAUAUCCCCGAGGGACACAAAGCACGGCGGGGAUCUUUUGUGGGUUAGUUGCUCUUGGCAUUUUCCACUUUGGUGGAGGAUUUGAUGUCGACCAAGUCGAGGCGAUGAAACGAAUAAUGAAUGGCGCGAGGUAUGGCAAACCUUUGAAUAUCAUUAAUUGCACAGAAGGCACAACAAGUACAUUUGGAUGGGAAUUGGAGAGUGCUGAGAACAUCGAGAAUUUCCAAGACGUCAGAUUUGAUAACCGAAGGAUCCCAACCCUUAUCACCGUGCCGGCAGUGUGUUUGUCCCUUGGACUUGGGUACUUUGAUACCGACAAUUUCGAUAUAGCACAAAUAGUGGAACUGCCUCGGGGACUUCGCGACAUCUGUGCGAUUCGGCCGGAUGACAUCUUUGCACGGAUUUUGUGUAAAAAUCUGAUUUUCUUUGACAAAAUAGAAAAGAGUGAGGCCUGGAUAUUUGCGAACAUUCCUGAAGAACUGUCCCAUCGCAAGUUCUCUGCGUUUGAAAUGGUGAACGCAAAGUACUUUAUUAUAGCGUCGGCGUGUUAUGUGUUGGCUUUAAAAUACGCGGGAAGCUUUGAUAGUGUUUUAAAGAGUGUGUUUCUCAAGUUCAUUAAGAAGAUUCAAGACAGUCUAUUUGCGGCUAUUCGAUCGGCAAAUCAGAAUUUCACGUUGAACACACCGCACUUUGACAGAUCUUUGAAAAUAAUGUGUUUGUCCAUUGCAUUGCUCUUUGCGGGGAGUUGUGAUAAAGAAAUAUAUGAGGUGUUCAAACGAAUUUAUUCAGUGUGCGAUGAGUACAUCACAUUUGGUUCUCACGCCGUCAUGAGUACAUCAAUUGGUCUUUUGUUCUGUGGGUUUGGCGAGUUUUCACUCGACUCUAAGAGUUACAACAUACCAAAAUUGGUACUGGGCUUUUAUCCCCUCUUUGAGCCGGACAUUUCAAACGAAGUGAUCUACCCAAAUUUAUUGAAACAGGUCGGGUUGUUGUGUCUUGAAAAACGGUACUUUAGGUGCUAUAAUUACUCAACAAAACAAUACGACACGGCAGAUGUCGAGUUGGUGUUAUCAGAACAAGGGCAAGACGAGUAUAAAACAGAAACGAUGAAGUGGUCGUUGCCAUCUCUCUUACCAAAACUUGAAUUUAUAAGCAAAAUAAAAACGACUCAUAACUUUCUCUUCAAUCAACUCGACAUCAAAGAAAAUGGUGGGAAAGUGUUGUGCGUGAAGAAUUCUAUAUUUGCGAAAGACGUGGAUAUGGAGGAUUUCGAAGACGAGUUGGGCAGUGAAGAUCAAGACGUUCUGAUUGUGCGGAAGAUGGCGAGUGCAGUUGAAAAGUCCUCAGAGUGGAUGAUGAGCAAAGUUCGCGAAACACAAAGAAAUGCGCUUGAGACUUCGAUUCUCAAGUUACUAGUUGCGGGGUUCAAAAUGUUUGGGGAUGAAAGAAUGAGACUUAUUGCAGAAUCCGUAAAUUUAUUACUUUGA